GAGCAGCGGCGAGAUGUGAGUGCGGAGCAGGCGGCGCCGCUCGCCAGCAGCGCGGAGAGCGGGCCCGGCCCGGGCGGCUCCUCCCGCGGGUCCCCGGGUAAAAGGCGCCGGGUAGAAGGCCGCCCCCCCUCGCCCCCCGCGCGGAGGAGGAGCCGCCGCCGAGAGCCAGAGCGAGAGCGCGCCGGGAAACAGCGGCGAGAAGGCGACCCCAGCCCAGCCCAGCCAGCCCCCCGGCGGAGCGGCGCGGAGCGGGAGCGGGAGCAGGCGACGCUGCCGGCGCCAGGUAGCAAGAGGGCAGCGCUGUCCGGCAGCAGCGGCGAGCCGAGCCCCCGCCGCCAGGGCCCGCGGGAGCCGGCACGGGGAGCGCCGCCGCCCGCGGCACCAUGUCGGCCGCGCAGGUGUCGUCGUCGCGGAGACAGUCGUGCUACCUGUGCGACCUGCCCCGCAUGCCCUGGGCCAUGAUCUGGGACUUCACGGAGCCCGUGUGCCGCGGCUGCGUCAACUACGAGGGCGCCGACCGCAUCGAGUUCGUCAUCGAGACGGCGCGGCAGCUCAAGCGGGCGCACGGCUGCUUCCAGGACGGGCGCUCGCCGGGCCCGCCGCCGCCCGUCGGGGUCAAGGCGGUGCCGCUGUCCGCCAAGGAGGCGGCGGCGGCGGCGGCAGCGGCCCAGCAGCAGCAGCAGCAGCAGCUGAACCACGUGGACGCGUCAGCCAAGGCCGCCUCGGCGGGGCUGGCGCCGGCCGGCCUCGAGCGCUACGGGCUGAGCGCGGCGGCGGAGCCGCGCGGCCGCUUCGAGUACCCGCCGCCGCCGGGCAGCCUGGCCGCCCGCCUGCCCAACGGGCUGGGCGGCCCGAACGGCUUCCCCAAGGCGCCUGAGGACGGGCCGCCCGAGCUGAACCGCCAGAGCCCCAACUCCUCGUCGGCCUCGGCGGCGGCGUCGUCGCGGCGCGGCGCGCACGGCGGACUGGUGGCCGGGCUGCCGCCGGGCGCGGGCGGCGCCGGGCUGAGCGUGCCGCCCAACCUGCUGCCGCAGACGCUGCUGAACGGCCCGGCGGCCGCCGGCGUGGCGCUGCCUCCCCCGCCGCACGGCAGCCUGAGCGGGCGCGGCGGCGGCGGCCCCCCCGCGGCCUCGGGCUCGGCGCCGGCGGGCGCGUGCGGCGCGGGGCCGGGCGGCGCGGGGCCGGGCGGCGGCGGCGGCGGCGGGCCGGGCCCCGGCGCGGCGGGCGACAAGCGGCCCGGCUCGGUGUCCAGCAGCGAGCAGGAGCGCGAGCUGAAGGAGAAGCAGCGCAACGCCGAGGCGCUGGCCGAGCUGGGCGAAAGCCUGCGCAACCGCGCCGAGGAGUGGGCCAGCAAGCCCAAGCUGGUGCGCGACACGCUGCUGACGCUGGCGGGCUGCACGCCCUACGAGGUGCGCUUCAAGAAGGACCACACGCUGCUCGGCCGCGUCUUCGCCUUCGACGCCGUGUCCAAGCCGGGCCUGGACUACGAGCUGAAGCUCUUCAUCGAGUACCCCAGCGGCUCGGGCACCGUCUUCUCCAGCGCCUCGGGCGUGGCCAAGCAGAUGUACCAGGACUGCAUGAAGGACUUCGGGCGCGGCCUGUCCUCGGGCUUCAAGUACCUGGAGUACGAGAAGAAGCACGGCUCCGGCGACUGGCGCCUGCUGGGCGACCUGCUGCCCGAGUCCGUGCGCUUCUUCAAGGAGCUGGUGGGCGCCGACAUGCUGCCGCAGCCCUACCUGGACGCCAGCUGCCCCAUGCUGCCCACGGCGCUCGUCAGCCUGCCCCGGCCGGCCGGCGGCCCCGCGGCGGGGCAGGGCGCGGCGGCCGGCUCGGCGCGGGGCCCGGGCGGCGGCGGCGGCGGCGGCGGCGGGGGUGGGCUGCGCAAGAGGAAGGCGUCCCCCGAGCCGCCGGACUCGGCCGAGGCGGGGCUGAAGCUGAGCGAGGAGCAGCAGCGGCAGCAGUGGAUGGCCAGCCAGAGCGAAGCGCUCAAGCUCACCAUGGCGGCGGGCGGCUUCGGCGCCGUGCACGGCGGAGGCCCGCCGCCGCCGCCGCCGCCGCUGGGCCCGCACCCCAACCGGACCACGCCGCCCGAGGCGGCCCCGCAGAACGGGCAGUCGCCCAUGGCGGCGCUCAUGUCCGUGGCCGACACGCUGGGCACGGCGCACUCGCCCAAGGACGGCAGCUCCGUGCACUCCACCACGGCCGGCCGCCGGAACAGCAGCAGCCCCGUGUCCCCCGCCUCGGUGCCCGGCCAGCGCCGCCUGGCCUCGCGCAACGGCGACAUGAACCUGCAGGUGGCCCCCCCUCCCCCUAGCGCCCACCCUGGCAUGGACCCCGUGCACCCCCAAAACAUUCCCGACUCGCCCAUGGCCAACAGCGGCCCCCUCUGCUGCACCAUCUGCCACGAACGCUUGGAGGACACGCACUUCGUGCAGUGCCCGUCCGUGCCCAGCCACAAGUUCUGCUUCCCCUGCUCCCGAGAGAGCAUCAAGGCCCAGGGGGCCACGGGCGAGGUCUACUGCCCCAGCGGAGAGAAAUGCCCCCUUGUCGGUUCCAACGUGCCUUGGGCGUUUAUGCAGGGCGAGAUCGCCACCAUUUUAGCCGGGGACGUGAAAGUGAAAAAGGAGAGAGACCCUUGAACUAGGCCGCCCAGCCCCUCCCUCCAGGCUCCUGAACCUGUAGAAUUGUGAAUAUAACGGACUGCAACAAAGUUAGUCUGAUGUAUAGACAUUAUUUUCGUCGUACGUUUCUAUAUUUUGAAACAAAGGUAUGUACUCUUCUUCAUUUGAAGGAUAGAGCUGGUUUUUGUUAAACAGAAUAUAAUAUUGUUUGGUUACUCCAUAAGCCCUGGUCUCAUUUCUUUGGCAGUGUGUUGGCUAGGUACACAGUUAAUAGCCCUUAGCGAUUACCUGCUGCUGGUGUGUAUUUUUGUAAAUGUAUGCACUUCUCUGACAGAAGAAGAAGAAGAAAAAAGAAAAAAAUACAACUUUUUUUUUUUGCCAAGGCCAGUGUUGACGCCUAAAAAAAAAAAAAAAAAAAAAAAAUUGCUACAAAAAUGGUGACAGCUUACGUUUUACAAGCCCUGAGUGUUAGUCCUUCACUUUCUUUCUUUCUGUUUUCGUUUUUUCGUUGGCAAAAAAAAAAAAAAAAAAAGGUGGGGGUGGUCGGGGGGGGGUGUUUUUUCGUUGCAAGUUUGUAAGGAAAAUGUUUCAGUUUGUUUCUAUUGAUCUGAACGUUUUUAAUCUUCAUGUGUUUUUUGUUUUUGCUUUAUUGAUGCACGGAUGCUUUUGAACAGUAGAGCAAAAUGCUGUACAUGGAAAACAUGCUCUGUUUGUCCUUUAUACAUUUCUGUAGUUAACAGAACACUGUAAUGUGCCUUGGAGCUUAGUAAAUUGUAAUAAAUUCAAUUGAUAUUAAUA